CGCGGAGAGAGCGAGAGAGCGCGCUCGAGAGAGAGCGAGCGCGCGCGCGAGAAAGAGGAGGAGAGCAGAGAGAGCAGGAGAGAAAGAGAAAGAGAGAGAGAGAGCAAGAAAGAGAGAGGAAUUUAA